AUGUCCGGCAAGCCGGCGAGUGUGGGGCCGCCGCGAGCGGGCGUGGCUGGCGCGCCUCGCGUGCUGGUGUACGUGGCGGAGGCGCGCCAGCUAGAGGCGGCUGCCGCGGGGCCCGACCCGCAGCCUCCACCGCUUGACACCCUCUACCUCCAAGACAACGUGCCGCACCUGCCUAUGCCGAGGAACAACCUGUACCGGAACCCCAUCGAACAGAACGAUCAGAGAACUGGUGCACUCUACUACAAAACCAUCAAUGAUAAUGAAUCUAAAAUAAAACCGUUCGAAUCGGAAUCUACCCAGAGGGAAGAGUUCUACACAACUCCACAUUUUAUGAAAGAUAAUAUUAGAAACGAUGACAAAGCUAACGAUAGGCAAAGCAGUGUGACGGUUAAAAGAGAUUGCGAAAACUCUGAGUGGAAUAAUAUAGAUUCAUACCAUGUUAGAGUUCCGAUGCAAGUUGGGGACGUCGGGGCAUAUCAGAGAUGUCCAGUAAGUGUAGAUAACAUGCCCGUGAUGCCGAUCGGGCAUAGCCAGUUCAAUGAUAGCGGUAGUGAUAUGAACUGUGAGAGGGAGGUGUCGGGGAAGAGUUUUGUAAACUAUCAGUUGUUAGAACAGAGUGUGACUCAUCAGUCUAUAGUGAAUCAAAGCAUUAAUAUACUGAACCAGCAGAUUGGUGUGAAUAGAUCUGUAGUUAGUGAGAGUGAUGGUAGCCCACAGCAGCUAAUACAGACGCCCGAUGGUGUUGUGCUGGCCGUGCUUCCUCCCUCGGCUGUGCCCCAGACUGAAGGUGAUGUUAGAGCCGUGCAUAGUGAAUAUCCACAAACAAUUACCGUGCCGCUGGGCUGGCGGAGAAUCGUUAAUGGGACAUCUGUUCUAUAUGUUAGUCCAAGCGGUACAGCCCUGAGUAAUCACACUCAGCUGCGGGAGUAUCUUCAGACGGCGGGCACCUGUAAGUGUGGCCUGCCUUGCCCCCUGCGACCAGAAACAGCCUUCAGUUUCGAUCCCAAGGUAUCGAGUAAGCCUUACCAAGUGGCUGCAGGCGCUGAGCUGACGAAGCUUUGCAAUCAUAAGCGGAAACUUCUGGCCUCCCUGCAGUCGAGGGUCCAAAGUCCAGUUACUCCGCCACCGGCCAUCGAUCAGAAGAAAGUAGCGACCGCUGAAACUACUAAGAAGAAAAUGAAGAAGCGUUCUGGUUUCAUACCUAACAUCGGCGUGUCCCAAAUGAUGGUGCAAAGGGACAGACCCCUCAACGAGUUGAAGGCUGAUAAUGAUCAGAAGCGUACUGCGUCUCCCGGGGCCAUGUCACAACGUUCAGGCAAUAUGCAACCUUGCUUGCCGUAUCAACAACAAAACAUGAUGAAUAUGGUACAGGAUGAAGUUAAACAAGAAACCCUUGUACAAAGAAGUUCACAUUACCUGACUGUCAGCAGUGGAUGGAUAACACAACACCCUGACAGUAUGGAACAAGGACACAAACAGAAUCAAAUUAUCGCAGGACCAGGAAAUAAUUCGGUGCAUGUUGGCCUCCCAGUGUUAGGUACUAAUGGACAAGUUAUUGGAGUGAAUACCUCAUAUAACAAACACGUUACGAGUAUCAAGAAUACUGUUAACCUUACACCGCAAAAUGUAAUGGAACAUGAGCGCAAAGAAGAUAAAGAUAUAAAUGCCGGUAAGCAAUCGGCGAAAGAAGACGACUCACAGAUAUUCUACGGUUUGAAUCAGCCACUAACGCCCGAGGUAAUGCAGAAGAUUAAUGAACAGCAGCAAAUAUUUAUACAAAGAAACCAGAAACAAAUCGAAGUAAUGAAGGGCUAUAAAACCCAAAUGUCAGACAAUGUAACUCCGAACAAACCUCAUAACCAAAAUCAGUAUGUGCCUCAGAACCAGUUAGUUAUACAAAAUGGUACGGUAGUAAAAACAAAUUCUGCAAAAACUCCACCGUGGCAAGUGAAGAGAGUCGAUAAUGCAUCUAAUUCCUUGAUAUGUCCCAGCCCUAAACAGCUAAAAAUUGAGAAUUCUGAAUAUGAAGAUUCUAAUCAAAAUUCUAUGGAAGAUUCUUCGCCAUCAGCUUCUUAUACAAACAAUGAACAAAUAAUGAACCCGGCUAUGUGUUCCCGAGUUCCUCCUCUACCGCAGCAUUACAAUAUGAUGGGACAACAAUGGCCAAAUGUUGAUAAUAAAAAGAAAGCUAGAUGUAAUAGCAAAACGGCUAAAAAGAAAGCCGCAGCCAAUGAUCCUAAGAACAUAAACUUUGGUAACAAUGGAUUAAGACAUAUGCAAGACGUUAAGGGCAAGCCUUGUGAGGAAAUAAUGCGAAAUAAUGUUCCUUCGUUCAUGGAAGAUCCUAGUGGCUAUCUAGCACAACAAACAGUACUUUUGAAUAACACUAUAUCAAGACAAGUCGGAGUUAAUGUUCCAUAUGAAGCUAACCAGUUUGAGAACUCUGGAAAUUCAUAUAACGCAUUGAAUCCAACGGACAAGAAAAAUCUCCCGAAACAAAGUGAACCCAUGAAUGUUUUUAGAAAUAAUGUUGUAGCCAAUUCAACACCUUCCCCAAACAACGCUCCUGAUAGUAGUCUUAUACCAGAGAAAGUCGUUGAAAAUAAUCUACAGUCAUGCUGCAAGGGUUGCAAUGUUUCAUACAAAGGCAACUGUUCCGAUACAUCAGAUAACCCGAUGCGCUCAAAGUUAUUAAAGCAACAUACUAAUGUGUAUGGCCUCGAAAUGGACAGUGGGGUGGCUACAACGUCUAGUCCUAAACAUGGUUUCGAUGAGAAUCCAGUUACAUCAUCAACCUAUAUAGAUCGUAGUAUGAUGCUGAAUGAUAAUUGCGGUCCGAUACAAGCGGGUAUUGUUAGCACAAGCAAUGUGUCACCAAGUGAGACUCUACAACAACCGGAGCCGUCACCCACAUUGUCUAAUAGUUCCCGUAAUACGGACACGCCACAUAGUAGUGGCAGUAAUUCAAUGCAAAACUGUACAUUCCCUGUGCCUAGCCCGGCUUAUUCCAAUCCAGGUUCAAGCAGAGAUAACUUUAAUAGUAAUCCUUCUACUCCAGGUAGUAAUCAACCCUAUCCAUACAAUACCGUAGGGCCACCCAAUACUGAAUCGGUAUCCGGAAAUCAGGUUAUGCAUUUCAUAUCAAAUCACAAUAUCCACAAGAAUCUAAUGGAAGUGAAUAACAUAUCAAUGGUUGGUGUCAAACCAGGAAUGAGGAACCAAGAAUAUAGAAUGGAUGGCAAGAAACGUAUUGAAAAUACAAUGCCUGGUUAUUGUCCGCCUCCACAUUUAGGCGGGGGUCCAGCACAUUCUCUUAUACAAACUUGUUACAUACAAACAAUCGUUACGACUAUGGCUAGCGGUUUUUCCGUUACAAGGGAUACUGUAACAUCAGUUCUAGCAGGAAAAGCUAAUACAGCGACUACCUCUAUAAAUGCAUCACAAGCAAAUUUCAUAAGAACUCCGCCGCCUCCAAGUGUCAAUUUGGCGACGACCUAUGCGAUACCGAACAAUCAGCCUGAUCCCUUCAUUAACUCUGUUAAUUUGCCAACAAGUUAUCCACUGCACAUCGCGGGUACGACCGCUCAAAAUAUGAUAUCAAAAUCGCCGUUGGAAAUGGUGCAAAAUGUUAUAAGCAGUUUACCUUCCAAGCCGGAGGCGAGCAAUUGCCAAUCGACCAUAGCGCAGAGAAGAUCAUGUUCCAACUCAUCCGGUCAAAUUCUUAUUUCAUCGACCGGCCAAAUAAUCGUCUCAAACAAUCAAAUGCCACCACCUCCUCCCAAAAAUACAACCUCGAUGUCACCAAUUGGUUCCAACGCUAUAACAAAUGUGACCACUUCAGUUACUCAAGUGGUACCAGCUGUUGGUAAUGUCCAACCGAUUGUCAAUCAACCGACUGUUGUGGUUAAUACAUUGCAAACUCCUUUCGUUAUUCAACCUCCCAUGAUGACUGUUGAGGGGCAAGUUGUCCAACCAAAUACCGUCCUCCCUCAAAUAGUAACUGGAGGCAUCGUGUCUGGACCUAACGAAAUAUCACGACAAAUUGAUAUGAAGAAUGGACAGAGUUUCGUUCAAGGUGUGGCCAUGCUUUCUCCUGAAAGUUUAAAGAAGAGAAGUAAAAAGAAGAAAAACCAAACGGCUAAUAUAACAAAUGUUCUGCAAAUCACAGCACCGCAACAGAAUCCGAACAAUAUUAUGGUUCACUCUUCACCACAACAUAAUUCAAGUCCACAGUUUUCGCCACGCGGUUUUCAAUUGUCGCCUACAAACAAUAUAUCACCAACGCCGAUGUUGCAAGCACUAACUAUUGUGCCUGGGAAGUCUGGUACUCCAGCACAUAUCGUAAUGAACGGACAAGGAAAUUCAAAUAACUUUGGAUCUCAACAGAUAAUCACAAAUACUUCACCAUCACAACAAAUUAACUUAUUACAACCAGUCAAUCUAAUUAAUAACGCUAGUAAUGUAAUGUCAAAUUUCCCGGCGUUUCAACAAUUUAUUCUGCCAAAUCUCGGCGGUAUGGUAAUGACAGCUGAUGGCACAGCGAUCAUACAAGACAAUUCAACAGGAAUGCCUAUGCAAUUACAAUUGCAAACCGUAAACGGACAGAACGUUUUAACACCUGUACAAAAUCCUGGACUAUUUACCGCCGGGAAUAACAGCGGCGUUGUUAUAAGGGCACAAAACCAGCAAGGAAAAAUAAUACAAUCGCAACAUAGCCCUGGUGCUCAAUUUCUAUCGCCGAAUAGUCAAGUUAUGGUCAACAGUCCCAACUUCAAUGGUCAACUCAGUCCGUUACUUGCGAAUCUUAGUCCAACAAAUGUCGCGUUCAAUAGUUCACAAGUGAGAGCGGGGAACGUCCAAACACAGGAGUUCAUUCAAACGAAUCAAAUGGGCCAAACAUUAAUGGUGCCGUUAUCCCCUAAACCAGUUCCCAUAUCCGCUAGUAACAGAAACUCCACUUUCGUCCAGAACACGACUAUAGUACAACAACAGACAACACUAGUAUCCAACUCUCAUAAUACUUCGAUGAACAUGAAUAAUACCUCUCGAUUGAGCAUAGAUCCAAAUGUUCUUCUUAAUCAGAAGGUCGGGAAAAGAUUUCCUCAGGAAAAUCAGGAAAUAAAGGAGAAGAUUUUACCUUUUGAUGUGAAGGAAGAUAAAGAGGAUAGCGAAGGUUACGCACGUUUAAUGCAAGAGUUGGGUGGUGUAAGACAUUCCGUAUCGACUCAGACUUUGGGUCAAAGAGGGGGUAAAUCCCCUAACACAGCCGGGGGUUCCCCGCCCGAUACCACGACACACAGUCCGCUGGGAGCCUUAGAUUCUGCUCCAAGCCCAAGAUUGUAUUCCGCAGCAACUCACGCUACAUACGCCGAUACAACAACCAAAUCACCCGAACCCGCAGAUGUACAUUCUUCGGCGAUGGUGCAAUGUGUGUCCAGCAGUGAACAAGACAUGGCCGAGUCGAGGGAACGAGCGUGGCCCGUGAGGAACGAAGAAACAGACUCACACAAUCUAAUGUCAAACAUACAGCUAAUGAGAUUAAAUCGACACAACUCUGUAGAGUCGAGCGAAAUGUAUCACAGUAUGGCUGCCAACCAACAAAUGAUGCAAAUGCCGUACGAAAGACCUCACAGUUACAAACGGAAAAACGACUUCGGUGACGGUUCAUCGUAUAGGAAUGACAAAAUUAUGAGAACAAAUUACAACAUGGUGCAUGUGCCCAAAGAAUAUGAUAUGAGUCAAGAAAAACAGAGACGAUUUUCGCCCGGCAGUUCAGAGAGUAUGCAGAAAGUAUUCGAUAGACAUUUAGGUUCAGAAGACGAUUUAAAUAAGUAUCCGGGUGUAGAUACAGAGGAUAAUUACCGGAGAUUCGAAGUCGGCGAUCUGGUAUGGGGUCCGGUUAAAGGGUAUGUCUCGUGGCCGGGCAAGUUGGUGUCCCGUGUAUCGGACACCAGUUGGAGUGUCCGGUGGUUCGGUGGCAGGCCUGCCAGCGACGUGGAACACUCGAGACUGUUGACACUCUGCGAGGGUCUGGAGGCGCAUCACGCGGCACGGAUGAGACAUAGGAAGAGCAGAAAACUAAACACGCUAUUAGAGAACGCUAUACAAGAAGCAAUGGCUGACUUAGAUAAGAAGACGGAAAAUAACGAGGAUGAUUUACAAGAGGAUGUAUCAGAUGUAACGGACACUACUAAAAGGAAAACAACAAAACUUAAGAAACACAAGAAGAACCCAACCAAAGUCGACGGAACCCGUUUGAGGAGCUCGCGAUGA